ACGUGCCUUACCUCGUGGGCUGUCCGCGGCUCAAUUGCAUUAAGUCUGACUUUCAGUUUUCCAUUAUGUUUGAGAAAUAAUGGAAUCAAGGUAUAGUUCCAGAGAUUUUUCCAAAGUGAAGAAAAAGUGCAAAGUCUGUUUGAAUAAUGGAGAAAAAGUAGAUACAAAGUGGCAGGACAACCGAAACGACAUUGAAUCUUAUGAUAACAAAGUGCUCAGUAAUUGUAAAGUUCAACCAAUAACUUCAUAUGGGUUCAUGUCUUCAGAGAGAGUAACCGAGAUACAAACGAAUGCACAUCCCAAACGUCAGCCAAUCUCUAUCAAAAAUAAUCAUCGUGUUUCAAUUCAAAUGAGAAACGCUCGGGAACGGAACAGGGUUCGAGCAGUAAAUGAGGCUUUCGCCCGACUCCGAACAGUUAUUCCAUACACAGCGAAUCGGACCAAACGCGUGUCUAAGGUGAAAACGCUCCGAAAAGCUCUGGAAUACAUAACUGAACUUCAGAUCUUGCUAAUAGGUAACUGUAUUCGCUAAAUUUGGAAUGUAGUAAGCGAACAACUAUUUCGAAUAUUUGAUAGUCAAAUCUGAAAAGAAAAUUCAAUCUAGUCAUUCAAAUAAACGUUUUAAGACAUUU